AUGUGUUAUAUUCACCUUUUAGCCUCAGACAAAGAUGUUGAUAUAAGUUUCAUUUCAGAAGAACAAAAACAACGCAUCAUUAUUGAUGCUGAUAAGGAUCAAAUUUUAAAUGAUCUUAUUAAUUAUUAUUCGUCAUCAAAAUUUUGUCCCUAUCGUGAAUUAGACGUUAUUUCAAGAGAUAAAAAUAUUAACAAAACUGUUGCGUGUUUUCUAUUACAAUUUGGUUGUAAUGAAAAUAAUUUAUUUAAAACAAAAUCAACAAAAAUAUUAAUUAAUAAUAAAGAACAAUAUAUUGAUAAAAUAUGUUUACCUAAGAAAACAAGAUCUUUUUGUGAUCUAAUACCUGGAGAUUAA